AGGCAAGGCCAUCUCAUUGGCAGAGCUUUGGGGAGGGGGUAUCUUUUCUUCAGAUGUGCCCAGAAGUACCAGACACCCACGUCCUUGUGCAGACAGCCACAAAAAGGCUAGUGCUGUGCCACCUACUGGGUCCCCAGUUGCUGGCCAAAGACUCAAAUGGGGCUGGAGAGCCCACCACUGAUGUGCUCGCGGGAAUCGGCUAGGGCCGGGCUCCGGUGGGUGAGAAAGGCUGUGGCCUGUGUCUCUGUCCCAGCUUUGCACACCUGUUUCUUGCCUGGCUACCCCACCUCUGUGUCCUGUCUCUUCAAAUACACUGCUCGCCACCCUCAGACCAUUCUUCCCAGCAAGCUGUGUUAUCUUGUCAUUCCCGUGCUCAAGAACCCAGAAUCUCUUCUAAGGCCUCUAAGACAAAAUCCAAGCUUCUUAUCCCGGAAUUCCAGGCCUUCCUAAAUCUGACCCUGGUCUCUGAAGCCCCCUGGUCGCCUGCUACUGAGCCCAGGUGCUCUCCUCUCACUGAAGCUUCCUCAUUAUUCCCAAGACACAUGCCAGUCGCUUUUGCCUCUCUGAUGUUGAGUGAAACAGUGAAAGGAGCAUGGGCUUUGCUUCCUGUGUGUCCUUAGGCAAGUCACCCAGUGUCUCUGUGCCUCCUGCUGCUUACCUGGGAAAUACUUUAAAGACUGUUGUGAGAUUAGAAUGUUUUCGUACAAAGUGCCAGCCACACAGUAGGUGCUCAAUACAUGCACAGUAUCCAUCAUACCAUGCUCUUGCUGCUCCCUGACUUGAUGGCCCUGUCUCCUUUCUGACUGGCUGAGCUCCUGCCUCCUUCCAGGCCCAUCUCUAGAUGCACCUACACAUGCAGCCUGCCCUGCACGCCUCACUUAAGGCGCCAAGGGAGGGAAAAGCAGCAUUUGCCUAUCACUCGCUGGGCACAGACCCUGUGGGGGCAUGGAGAUCCCUGAUGACGGCAGCGAAUCCCUCCGGGGGCCUCCUUGUGCUAGGCCUGUCCCGGCACGUUGUGUGCAUUAACUCACGGAAGCCCGAAUGGUAACUGACUUCCAUAGAUUAAGGUUCCUAAAUGGCUUUUCUGCUCUAUCCAGCCUAGUUGGUUUGGUCUCCCUGGCCCUUUGUUCUUGGCUUUCCCCAUCCAGUGGCCUCCAAGUGGCUAAGAGGAGAUUUUAUCAAGAAGUGAAGCCCUACGGUAUAACAUACAGAGUCUGUUGUGUGUUGUUCGGGCUGAUCCCGUUAGAGAACGGUUUGGAAGAGGACCCACCUUCACCAGCCCUGCCACCCAGUCUGCAACCAGCUCCCUUGCUGCACUUUGUAUAAGCCCUGGGCUUUCAUUAGGGUUCUCUGCCCAGAGCACCCAUUCCUCUGGGCCUGCCUGGAAAAUGCAAUCCUUGCUCCUCGGUGGCACCUCUGUGGACCCUCAUGUGUUUGGGUCAAGGUCAUUGCCCUCUGCCUCCAUCCCCAGGGCACCUUGUCCGCCCCCGAUUGCACCCCUCUGCAGACGUCUGCCUCCUUGGCAAACCCCGCUCUUGGGCUGAGUCCCUGAGGGUAGGGGCUGUGUGGUGUUCAUUUCUGUAUUUCAGUACUUGGCACAGAGCCUGGAGUGCAGCAGGUCUUGGUGUUGGGGAUGAAGGGAGGGAGGAAGGAGAUGGGGUGGAAUAGGCAUCCGGGCAGAGGAAAUGGUGCUGAUGUUUCCAGUUGGUUCCUCCCAGGGCGGGGCAGCUACAAGCCCCUGUCUGACUCAGAAAAGGAGUCCUCUGUGGACACCCCAGGGUCCCCUCUAGAGACAGCUCCAUGAGAGCCCCAGCCACCACAGCUUCCCUCCAGACCCCCGGGAGAUUCCAGUCUUUGAGAUGCUUCAACUUUCUUAGAGGAAAUCGCUGAAUAUGUUUGGUACCAUGACCAGCAGGACGUAACUAGUAACUUUCUGGGUGCCAUGUGGCUCAUCUCCAUCACAUUCCUUUCCAUUGGUUAUGGGGACAUGGUGCCCCACACAUACUGUGGGAAAGGUGUCUGUCUCCUCACUGGCAUCAUGGGUGCAGGCUGCACUGCCCUUGUGGUGGCCGUGGUGGCCCGAAAGCUGGAACUCACCAAAGCGGAGAAGCACGUUCAUAACUUCAUGAUGGACACUCAGCUCACCAAGCGGAUCAAGAAUGCUGCAGCCAAUGUCCUUCGGGAAACAUGGUUAAUCUAUAAACACACAAAGCUGCUAAAGAAGAUUGACCAUGCCAAAGUGAGGAAACACCAGAGGAAGUUCCUCCAAGCUAUCCACCAGUUGAGGAGCGUCAAGAUGGAACAGAGGAAGCUAAGUGACCAAGCCAACACCCUGGUGGACCUUUCCAAGAUGCAGAAUGUCAUGUAUGACUUAAUCACAGAACUCAAUGACCGGAGCGAAGACCUGGAGAAGCAGAUUGGCAGCUUGGAGUCGAAGCUGGAGCAUCUCACCGCCAGCUUCAACUCCCUGCCGCUGCUCAUCGCCGACACCCUGCGCCAGCAGCAGCAGCAGCUCCUGUCUGCCAUCAUUGAGGCCCGGGGUGUCAGCGUGGCAGUGGGCACCACCCACACCCCAAUCUCCGAUAGCCCCAUUGGGGUCAGCUCCACCUCCUUCCCGACCCCGUACACAAGUUCAAGCAGUUGCUAAAUAAAUCUCCCCACUCCAGAAGCAUUACCCAUAGGUCUUAAGAUGCAAAUCAACUCUCUCCUGGUCACUUUGCCAUCAAGGAACAUUCAGACCAGGGAACGGAAAGAAGAGAGACCGAGCUAAUUAACUAACUCAUGUUCAUUCAGCGUGCUUGGUCCGACAUGCCUUGAAACCAGAAAUCUAAUCUCUGUUUAGGUGCCUCUACUUGGGAGCGGGAAGAGGAGAUGACAGGAAGCGACGCCUCUGGCAGGGCCCUUGCUGCAGAGUUGGUGGAGAACAGAAAUCCACGCUCAAUCUCAGGUCUUCACGCGGGGGGUGGGGGUCAGAUGCACUGAAGUAGCCAACAACGAAGCCAGUCCAGAAGAGGGGUCCACUGGGAGGGAGGGUCGUGUCAGGCUUGGGGGAUGGGCUCUUCGCCAUGGGGGUCUUUGAACACACCUCUCUCCUUUCCUUUUGUCUACGGAAGCCUCUGGCUGACAAAAGUAAAAGAGAGCUGCCCACAACUUGCCAAAACAGAUAUACCCAAAUCAGACUGAGAAAAAAAAAAAAAGACACAGACAAAUAAAAAGCCAGAUUUUCCACUUGA